GCCCACGCAGGCCAGUGAAAAAAAUGAUUGGCCACAUGGCAGGGCUGUUGCAGGGACAGCGUGGGGAUGAAGAGCCUUCCAACCUGCUCCGUGGGAGGGAGCGAAGCCCAGUUCCCUAGCUGCAGCCUCACUCCAGUGCUCUCCUCCCCCACCUCUCACACACAAGUUUGAUCUAGUGCUCUCUCUCUCCCCUUCCUUCCCGUCCCUGGCCUUUGCGGGGCCUCACCUGCCUGUGCUCUUCGAUAACUGUAUUUUUAUGGUGUGGUGAUGGGUAGAAUCUGUUCAAAACCUGGCAUUUGGACUCGGGGAGGUAGAACCUUGCCUAGCAUGUGCAGCGCCCUGGGUUCUGUCCCCAGCAUUCCAAAACCAAAACUUGGUACUAAAUUCUGAUUUCUUGGCUUCAUUGUAGGCUAAGCAGUGAGUAACUUGGGUUUGAGAGUGAGGUGAGAGGAGGGUUGAAAGAAAAAUUAUAUUUAGAUUAUCUUUUUUAACUACAGGGACCCCUGAACCAAUAUCCAUUUGUGGUUCUGUCCCUUACUUUAGGUUAUCCAUGUGGCCUUCCCUGCACAGGGAUUGAGAAAGAGUACUUCAGUUGAUUUGUUCUUAGUCUUAGCCAAAGCAAGAGAAUAGUAGUAACCAACGGUUGGCAGGAGAGCACCUCUUCCCCAAGGCACGCUCAGAGCCUCCCCCGAAGAAGGGGGCAGUUGUGAAUCAUAGAAUGACUUGGGAGGUCCAGGAUUGGGGCAGCUACUCAGAGCAUUGACUUUUUCCCCCCUUCCUGGCAGUACUGGGGAUUGAACCCAGGGCCUUGCCAUGCUAGGCAAGCACUCCACCACUGGGCUUCAGCCUCAGCCCUAGGCAUUGGCAACUUGAUACCAGACUGUUUCCCAAACUCUUUCAGGAUGCCCUUGGCAAUAUGUUAUGGGCCAAGACUAUUUUAGGGCUUGUCUAGAUGCAUCCUCAUAUCCCAGCCUAGUGUUUAGCAUAUCAGCUGAGACCAGUAGCCUUGUUCUGUAUUAAAACCCUGUAACAUGGAUGAGUCCAGUAAAUACGAAGGGUCCUGGAAGCCAAGGCUGGGAGUGCUUCCGCUGCAGCCUUCUCUGUCGCACUUGCUUUGUGAGUCCUUCUGUUUCAUAGUAUGGGCACGCCACCUUUGCUCCCUGCUGUCUUGCUGAGUAUGUCUGUCCUUUAAAGGGCUGGGGGCUAUCCUCUUGCCAUCCUCCUGUCCAGAGGGUGAGGCUGUGCCACUGUGGUAUUUGGAAGGCCCCUUGCUUCCUGCUCCAUAGCUGGUCUGACCACAGUCCUGGAACCUCCUCAGCCCUCUGAGGCACUGACCCCAAGUCCAAGUCUUUCCUAUUUUCCUGCCUCAUUUGGUUAUUGAAGGCACUAAUAGUUGGACAGGUGCGAGCCUGCAGGAUUUCCUCAGCUCCAUUUCUUCUGUGGAGAAGCCUCAUGAAGGCAGGGUUGCUGGUGGCCUUCUCAUUAUGCUCUGUGCCUCCUCCUCACCCUGCCUCUGGAGCCCUGGCCAGGUGCUCUUCAGGCGGGAGCAUGUGAGCAGCCCUGGGGCUGCAGCCGGUUCUCCCACAUUCCAGGGUGAGUGACUGGGUAGAGGGUGUGCCUGCCUUGGGCUCCUUGGGGGUGGCCCCCUGAAGGGCUGAAAAUAAUCCUGCCCAGAGCCCCUGGCUCUCCUGCCACCCCUGGCCCAGUGAAGGGGACUCUGGACAUUAAGAACCCUCUCUCCUAGGCACCCAGUAGUUUCAGAGACAAGAAAGAUGAGAAGCAAAUCCUCCAGUUAUCAAGUCAGAGAGGGGUACCUGGAUGUGGAAUCAUGAGUCACCUUCUGUUAAAGUGACCUGUGAAAAUACCCCCUCCCCCACUAUUGUGUUGUCAAUUAAGGGGAUGGGGAGGAGAACCACACCCUGUAUCUCAGAUGCAUGAAUAAAGUUUGAGGCUGAGGGUGUAGAGUGGUAGGGUACUCACCAGGCCCUGGGUUCCAGGCCCAGCACCACACAAAACAAAGAGCUAGAAGAGACCUUAAGGAUUAUUUAUUCCAAACAACCUCUUUCUUUUUGGCAUGGUACUUGGGAUUAAACCCAGGGGCACUCUACCACUGAGCUACAUCCCCAACCCCUUCCCUGCUUUUUGAGACAUGGUCUUGCUAAGUUGCUCAGCUUGGCCUUAAACUUACGAUCCUACUGCCUCAGCCUCCAGAGUCACUGGGAUUACAGGCGUAUGUCACCUUAGCCAAACAUUAUCAGUUUUUAAAAUAUUUUUAGUUGUAGAUGGACACAACUACAUUAUUUUGUUUAUUUAGUUUAAUUUUUUUUAAUGUGCUGCUGAGGAUAGAACCCAGUGCCCCAUGCAUGCUAGACAAGUGCUUUACUACUGAGGCAAGUGCUGUACCACUGAGCCACAACCCCAGCCCCAAACAUUAUUUUUAAAGAAGGAGAUGUGCAGAAUCCAUGCACCUUGCCCAAGAUCACAUGGAACAGACUCUAGAACAUUAAUCUCCUACCUCCUUUCAUCCUGUUACUUCUGCUCAGGGUCUCCAGGGGUGGGUCUGUGGGACCUGUCUCUUGUAUUUGGAGCUCAAUUCAUAGAAGCACAGGUAUGUGGGACUCUGCCACAGGGGAGGCUAGGGUUCCAUCCAAGACUGAGGGGGAGAACUGCAGCCAGAGGCUCGGAGUGCAGGGACCUGGUUCCUUUCCCAGCCUUACCAUCUACCUAACUCAUUGGCCUGGGCAAGCCGUUCCACCCAUCUGAGCUGCAUUUUUCUCACCUAAAAAAUGAAGGUAAGCAGGGCUGGGGUUGUAGCAGAGGUAGAACGCAUGCCUGGCACGUGUGAGGCACUGGGUUUGAUCCUCGGCACCACAUAAAAAUAAGUAAAUACAUAAAGGUAUUGUGUCAACCUACAACUAAAAAAUAGAUUUUUUUAAAAUGAAGGUAACUAUCCAGGUGCAGUAGUGUGCACCUAUAACCCCAACUACUUGGGAGGCUGAGGGGGAAGAUUGCAAGUUCAAGGCCAGCCUGGGCAAUUUAGUGAGUCUCAACUAGGGAUGUAACUCAGUGGUAGCGCAGUGCAUGUGCAAGACCCUGGGUUCAAUCCCAGCAUUUCAAAAUAAAACAAAGAUGCACAUUGCUUACUGGAUUUUUGUGUGUGAAGAUUUUUAUGUUAAAAGUGCUUGGUAAGCUGGGCAAGUGGUACAAACCUAUAAUCCCAGCCUCUCUGAAGGCUAAGGUAGGAAGAGCAUAAGUUUGAGGCCAGGCUCUGCAACUUAGUGGGACCCUGACUCAAAAAAUAAAAAGUAUUGGAGAUCUGGGUGUGGUGGCACAUGCCUGCAAUCUCAGUGACCUGGAAGGCUGAGACAGAAGGAUGGAAAGUUUGAGGCCAGCCUCAGCAAUUUAGCAAGGCUCUAAGCAACUUAGGAAGACUCUGUUUCAAAAUAAAAGAUGAAAGGGGCUGAGGAUGUGGCUCUGUGGCAGAGUGCUCUGGGUUCAAUCCCCGUACUGCAAAAACAAAGAGCUUGACAAAAUAGGAAACUGAUGCCACAGGAUUCCCUUCUCUGAAUGACAUGACCCAGGGCAGGCUUCUGACCAGUAGAGGGCAGCAGACAGGUACUGGUAAACAGGGAAGGCUACUAAAUUAGGCAUCUGAGGAAGGUUUUGGGCUUGCUUGUUUGUUUUGUGGUGGUCCUGGGGAUCGAACCCAGGGGUGCUCUACCGCUGAGUUACAUCCCCUGGCCUUUUAACUUUUUUUGAGGUAAAUUGUUGAGGCUGGCCUCAAACUUUUGUAAUCCUGCCUCAGCCUCAGGGUAGGGUGGGAUUACAGGCUUUGGCCACCAUGUCCAGCUGAGGGAGGACUGUUAAGUACAGCCCCAUCUCACCAUAAGUGGCUGCAAAAACCCUGAUGCUUGGGUGGGGCCUAGGCAGGCAAAAAAUGAAGUGGACCCUGUGAAUGGGUUCCUAGGCUAGGGACCCUGGAGCCUGGGGGCUACACCUGCAGGACAGGCCACACCCAUUAGCCCAUGAAUAUUGCCUUGCAAGGAGUCUGGAGAGUCGUCCUUCACUCCAAAUCCUGGGUGUUGUGGAGAAAAUCCCUAAACCUCAAUAACUUCUCUCCUCCUAGGCUCCUUUGUCCCCAGUUCUCUGGACAGUUAGAGGCAGGGCCAGGGUUCAAUCAGGGGUUCUGGUUUCCCCACUUACCUUUUCCCCUCCCUAGCCCAUCCCUAACCUGGCCCCCAGGAGGAAUUUCCUGAGCCAGAGGGUGGCCAGAAGCACAGAUGCCCACCCCAGUGGCAUUCCCACCACCUGCCCAGGUCAGAGCCCUGGGCCCAACCCCAGAGGGUGCAGGAUGACAGAGUCUGACAAUCAUUAAACCAGCCGGGCCUGAUUUCCCAGCACCGCCUGCUAGGAUCCGGGCCAAGUGGCACAGAAUAUGCAAAUCACCUGGGGCCAGGAGCCCAGUCUGAAGGCCAGGAAAUCCCCUCCAUCCAAUGAGCCACCAGCUCAGGUUACCGCCGGGACAAACUCAGAAGACCUGGUGUGGGGAGGAGCUCCUACGGCUCUAUAUAGGACGGGUGGGGGAGCACAGGGGCCAGACUCCUCACUGCUACCUGGCCGAGCUGUUGGCCACCUGGAUUUCUCUUCCACCUGUGACCUCCGAAGCCUGCCUGCCUGCCUGACGCCCGCACCCUGCCACCCGGUAGCCUCAUGGCUGCAACCUGUGAGAUUAGCAACGUUUUCAGCAAUUACUUCAGUGCUAUGUACAGCUCCGAGGACCCCAGCUUGGCCUCUGCUCCCCCUGCUGCCACCUUUGGGGCUGAUGACUUGGUGCUAACCCUGAGCAACCCACAGAUGUCGCUGGAGGGGACAGAGAAGGCCAGCUGGUUGGGGGAACAGCCCCAGUUCUGGUCGAAGGCCCAGGUUCUGGACUGGAUCAGCUACCAAGUGGAGAAGAACAAAUACGAUGCCAGCUCCAUUGACUUCUCUCGGUGUGACAUGGACGGGGCCACCCUCUGCAACUGUGCCCUUGACGAGCUGCGCCUGGUCUUUGGGCCUCUGGGGGACCACCUGCAUGCCCAGCUGCGGGACCUCACUUCCAGCUCUUCUGACGAACUCAGCUGGAUCAUAGAGCUUCUGGAGAAGGACGGCAUGGCUUUCCAGGACACCCUAGGAGACCCCGGCCCCUUUGAUCAGGGAAGCCCUUUCACCCAGGAGCUGCUGGAAGACGGCCACCAGGCCAGCCCCUACUACGCAGGCAGCUAUGGCGCAGGAGCCCCCUCCCCUGGCAGCUCUGACGUCUCCACCGCAGGGACCGGUACUUCCCAGAGCCUCCAUUCCUCAGACUCCGGUGGAAGUGACGUGGACCUGGACCCUACUGACAGCAAGCUCUUCCCCAGAGAUGGAUUUCCUGACUAUAAGAAGGGGGAAAGCAAGCACGGAAAGCGGAAACGGGGCCGCCCACGGAAGCUGAGCAAGGAGUACUGGGAGUGCCUGGAGGGCAAGAAGAGCAAGCACGCCCCCAGAGGCACCCACCUGUGGGAGUUCAUCCGGGACAUCCUCAUCCACCCUGAGCUCAACGAAGGCCUCAUGAAGUGGGAGAACCGGCACGAGGGUGUCUUCAAGUUCCUGCGCUCUGAGGCUGUGGCCCAACUGUGGGGCCAAAAGAAAAAAAACAGCAACAUGACCUAUGAGAAGCUGAGCCGGGCCAUGAGGUACUACUACAAACGCGAGAUCCUGGAACGGGUGGAUGGCCGCCGACUGGUCUACAAGUUUGGCAAAAACUCCAGUGGCUGGAAGGAAGAAGAGGUGGUUCAGAGUCGGAACUGAGGAGCUGAACUAGACCAGGACCAAACUCAUGGACUUGGACUGAGGCCUGCAGCCCUCCUGGAGGCCAGGCAGGCUUGGAAGCCCCUCCAUUUGGAUGUGCUCCCUGCAGAGCUGUGGAGAAGCCGAAGUCUGGUGUGUGGUCAGGCCUGUCCUGGAGCGGGGCCUGCAGCCUCUCCUCUGUCCACCUUCUGGAAUUAUAAGCCCUGGGGUUUGAAGCGACUUGCUCGCUGACUCUACAGCUGCUGGUUGGCUGCUUCCAAUCCCAACGCUGCUGCCGAUGACACCUUCCCUGGCAGAUGCUUGGACUCAGCCAUGGAGACUGUUGGGGAGCCCUGGGAUAGAGGGGACAGGCAGUGUCCUCCAGCCCCUCCUUUCUGGACUGGCUUCCACCUCUCUACUCAGUGCUUGGGCUCCACGGCGGGGGGUCAGAGCAUCCCUAAUUUAUGUGUUAUAAAUACGUCAGAUGUACAUAGAGAUCUAUUUUUUCUAAGGCAUUCCCCUCCCCCCUCCUCUCUCACUGAGCACUUGUGGCCAGACUUGUCACCCUGCCUGGCCAGUGAGAGGAGGGCUGCAGCCAGACCCCUCAAGAUGGGGGUCCUGGCUCCUUUCUCCUGUGAAUGGAGGCCGAGACCUCCAAUAAAGCGCCUUCUAGGUUUUUCUAA